UUACUCAUUUUGCUUGGACCAUUUUUCACUGAAUCCCAAAAUUUUUCCAAAAAAGGGCUUGAAUAUGGUAAAAGGGAAAAGAAAAGAUGAUUCAAAUAGAAUUCCUGCCUUCUUCAAGGCUUUCAUCCCGAAUACCAGCACAGAGAGAUUGAAAAUUCCUAUUGCAUUUACAAAGAUGAUUCGAGGAAGCCUACCUGACAAGGCAUUCUUGAGGGAUCGCUAUGGAAAUAUAUGGCCAGUGGAGCUUGCAAGAAUUGAGAAUGCAACUUUUUUUCUUGAGGGCUGGGCAAAAUUUGUUAAAGAUAAUUCUGUGGAACUUGGAGAUUUCUUAGUUUUUCAUUUUGAUGGCAAUUGUGUUUUUAAUGUAAAACUUCUCGGGCAUACUGCAUGUGAUAAGAAAGGAGUUGGAGGUCGUAUGUUUAAAGUCAAGGAAGAGGAGGAAAAUGAAAAAGAAGAAGAUGAAAAGGGUGAAAAUGAAAGCUUGCAAAACAAUUAUAAUACUGUUGAUGAAACUGAUCAUAAUGAAGAAUACAAUGCAGAGGAGGAGGAAGAAGAAGAAGAAGAAAUGCAAGUCCAACAGAAAGCCAAGUCUAACCAAAGAGCUGCAAAACCAAAGGCUUCUUGCAAGGGUUUGAAAAAGAUUAAGAAAAGCAUCAAUGGACCAGCUGAUCUAGUCAGCCACAAAUCUGGAACUGAAGCUAGCAAAUGCAAUUUGUGGAAGGCAAAACGAAUAGAUGCUUAUGGUUUUAAUCUUUUCAAGUCAGGAAAAAUUCCCCAGCCAAAAAAUCCUUAUUUUGUCACAAAAGUAAGGACAAAGAGGCAAGAUGAAUUGUAUGUUCCAGUUGAUGUUGUUAAAGACCACAAUCUUGAAUUCCCACCAGAGAUUGUCCUCCAUGAUCCCAAGGGGAGGGAGUGGCGUGCGAGACUUCGCCGGUGGUCGGAUGGUCGUAUAUGGUACUGUGGUGGCUGGCGAUCCCUCUGCAGACUGAACCUGGUUGGAGAAGAAGACAUUUGCAUUUGUGAGUUUGUGAAAAGAGAGGGUGGAGGGCUUCGCAUAAAUGUGACAUUUGUCCGCCCAGAAGAUCUUGCAUAAAUUCAUAAGAAAUAGCUCCUGAAAUGGUGGAUCAAGAUACUCGAUCAUCUUUAUCUUGUUUAUUUGCAGAAUUCAGUUAAACUUGUUUGGUUUUCAUUAUGGUUAAUUAACUGUGACCUUGUUGUUUGUUUAUUGUGGAUUUUAUGGUAACCUUGGAUGCUUUAUCCAUUGUCAAGACUGCAAAGUUCAGGUUUUGGACUUUGGAUGGUAAUUUGUUUUGUUCAUCAACUUCGUCUGGUCUGGUUU